UGGAGCCGGCCCCUGACACCCCCUCUCCCCGCAGCUCCAUGGGGGCGCCGUCCCUGCUGCUGUGCCUGAGCGCGGCCCUCCCGCUGCUGCUCCACGCAGACGAAUGCCAGGACAUCCGCAUGCUGACCGAGGCACAGCCGGCAAAGCAGCCUUUUGCCAUUAACUGCACAUCCCCUCUGCUGACCGCGGCAGCGCGUGCCACGUGGUACAGACACCCGAGCGAGGCCCCGGUCUCCACCGACCCGCAGGCCCGGGUCCACCAGGAGCAGAGCUGGAUCCUGUUCCUCCCCGUGGCCUGGGGGGACUCGGGGACCUACCGGUGCCUUAUAAAUGAUACAGACGUGUGUCACCAAGUACAUGUAAACCUCACUGUGUUUGGAAAAUAUGGGUGUCGCAGAAACAGUCAGAGGAACUUACCAGAUGGGCACGAGCAGAUCCUGCAUGUUGGGGGAGAUGACAGCCUCUCGUGCCACCUGAACUUCCCGAAGAGUUGUGUCUUGGACUUGAACUCAGUAAAGUGGUAUAAGGACUGUAAAGAGAUUAAAGAAAAGCGGUUUAAAAAUUGGGAGAAAAGGCUGUUAGUGAACAAUGUCUCGGCAGAAGACAGGGGGAGCUAUGUCUGCAAAGCCAACCUGACACACGCAGGGAGGCAGUUCACCGUGUCCCGGAGAAUUGCGGUGAAUGUCACAGAAAUUGUUGGAUAUGCAGGAAGAUUCCCUAAAAUAACGCAUCCAAUAAACAAUACAAUUGAAGCACAACUUGGCUCCUCCCUCACCGUGAACUGCACCAUCACGGACUCCAGGGACAACACCAACCUGCGCUGCUGGCGGGUCAACAGCACCUUGGUGGACGACUACUACCCAGAGCCCAAGCGGGUCCGAGAAGGAAACGAAACCUGCGUUGUGUUUAAGGAAUACGCUGUUUACACAGUUAGCAUAACCUUUUUAGAAGUGAAAAUGGAAGAUUACGGCUUUCCCUUCACAUGCCAUGCUGGCUUCAUGUCUGCGGCACACUUCCUGCUAAGGCCCCCAGCGCCGGACGGGCGAGUGUACCUGAUGGGCGGGCUGCUGGCCGUCGUGGGCGCGGCUGCGCUGGUCCUGUGCGCGUCCAGGAGGUUUAGGAUCGACGUUGCGCUUUGGUAUCGAAGUGCCUUCGUCUCCACCAGCACCACAGCGGACGGGAAGCUGUACGAUGCCUACGUCUUGUACCCCAAGCCUCCCCAGGACCACCGGGCCUCUGCUGUGGACACGCUGGUUCUGAGAGCUCUGCCUGAGGUGCUGGAGAGGCAGUGUGGAUAUAAGCUAUUUAUAUUUGGCAGGGAUGAAUUUCCUGGACAAGCUGUGGCCAAUGUCAUCGAUGAAAACAUUAAGCUGUGCAGGCGACUGAUCAUCAUCUUAGCUCCUGAACCGCUGGGCUUUGACCUGCUAAAGAACAUGUCAGAAGAACAGAUUGCACUCUACAAUGCUCUCAUCCAGGACGGGAUGAAGGCCAUUCUGAUUGAGGUGGAGAAAGUCCGGAGCUAUGCCUCCAUGCCAGUGUCGAUCCAGUAUCUCAGACAGAAGCACGGGUCUGUCCAGUGGAGCGCGGACGCUGCAGCGGGGGCACCAUGUGCAAAGGCCCGGUUCUGGAAAAAAGUGAGGUACCGCAUGCCGCCCAAAAGGUUUCCACCGCCUUCCACGGCCAGCUCCGGAGCUCACGCCCUGUGACCUCACAGCUGGCAACAGCUGGCAAGCGGAGGCCACCUGGGAGGUCUUUACCCCACCAUGGAGAGUUGGCCCUCAGGAAGUGGCUCACAGCUGACAAGGUGCACUGCAUUCAUCCACCAGAAUUUGGAGUCUGUCAUUGUGGACUUGUAGAGAGAGACUGUUUAUUUUUGUGUUUUGUUUUUGUUUUAAAAAUAUGGUUUUAUUGACUUCAGAGAGGAAGGGAGAAAGACAGACAGAAACAUCAAUGAUGAGAGAGAAUCAAUGACCGGCUGCCCCCUGCAAGUCCCACACUGGGGAUCUAGCCUGCAACCUGGGCACAUGCCCUGAUGGGGAAUCGAUCCGUCAUUUCCCGGUUCAUAUGUCGAUGCUCAACCACUGAGCCACACCAGUCGGGCGAGAGGGACUGUGUUCAUUUGCUUGUUUUGGGCAGAGAUGCUUCUUUAGGGAAAGACAUCCCCUCUCUAGAAGGCCCUCAUUAACUUAUGGCUCUGAACCCCGUGAACGCUUGCUGGACAUGGAAUGGACUUGAGCCCCUGAGAAGCGGGGCACAGGGCGCUGUGGGCUUGUAAUUCAGAUGUCCGGAAGCUGGCACAUGGUGUGGCACCUGCGAGACCAGAGCUGGGAGCCUGGUGGUCAGGGAGGGCAGGAGGCAGGGUGUGGGUGGAGGGCUGGCAAGGAGAAUGUCAGUUUUUACGCCUGACCAGUGUCCACAGGGCCCUGUCCUUAGGGGACAUGUGCUAUCUGUGAAAUAUACAGCCAUGAUCACAGUCUGAGCAGGUGAUACCGGAAGCGACUUAGAGGUCACCCAGACCAGUGGGGUAACAGUGGCG